GGUGGAGUGAGCGCGCUUGCCGGUACAACAGCCAUGCUGUCCUGUGACGUAGGAAACAUACCGGUACUAAGAAUCAGCUGGUCUAACGACAGGGGGCUGGUAGCUGAGCAAACAACCGGGGCACCUGCUCUGAUCCCGCCCACACUGAGGGACAGGGUACAGGUGAACGGAAGUGACGUCAUCAUGGAUCCGGUGCUGGUGUCGGACGAGGGCCAGUAUACCUGUACUGUUCUACACAGGGACACGUUCCAAAGCUUUACCGAUACCGUGGACCUAUUGGUCAGAGUUCAACCUGAAGCUCCCGUCAUCACGAUAGAGGGUUCCCCGGCCGCCGGUCAGCUGCAGCCCGGCACGAACCUGACGCUGGUCUGUCACAGCUGGUGGGGCCGGCCGGCAGCUCAACUCAGCUGGUACAGGGAUGGACAGGUGGUUAAUGGUGUGUACACGUCAGCCGUGGACGCUGACGGUUACGGGAACGCGACCUUGACCACGACCUUCACGGUGACGGAGGCUGACGACGGGGUGACGUACGAGUGCGUGUCGUCAGGACCUCGGCCCGUCAUCACUGAGAGGGUGGACAUCACCUUAGGCGUUCUCUUUCCAACCACCACACCGGACCCCACAACAAAAACUACGACGACAACAGAAGCUUCAACGAUAACUGGAGCUACAACGAUAAAAUCUGCAACAGGAGAACCUACAACAUCUGUCAAUAGACAAACGAAGACACACACCACAGACAGCCCGGCCACAGCACCAGAGAGCACUGGUACGCACCAGACGACCGGAGAAGGAAAUGACACCACUGGAGUAGGUGGGGUUAUAGAAGCCCAGUCGGGAACUCAGGGCCUUACCGAACCCCAGAUCAUCCUAGUGGUGGUCGGGUCCGCCAUGGUACUUGUCAUCCUCGUCGCUGGAGCAGUCGCAACGAACAAAGGGUGCUUUAUGAAGAAGCGGGAAGCGGAGCUGGUGUCCAGCAGUCCAAGCAAGUCCGUGGGGAGCAGCUACAGGGCUAACAUCCUGUAUGCCAACGCCGGAAACGGAUAUGACGGACCUGCUGAUACCAUGGAGAUGGCAAACAAAGAACUAAUCAAACCUCCACCAGAGAGAAUCAUUUAACGCUUAAUAUCAGUUUAAUAAAGUAGUAACUCAGUAUUGAUAGGUUUCAAUCAAUGUAUACUAGUAUAUAGAUGUGUUAAAGUAUGUCAUUAACAGACUUAAUGUUGUUUCAGAAAAUCCAAAUCGAAGAGAUCCAAGCAUAUGUUUUCCUGAAAUAUAUGCAACAUUUUGAAUAGAAAUGCAACAGAUAUCACACUCAACGGUACAUUAGUGAAUAUUAUAUAUUUAUAAUCAAUGCUGCACAAUGAGAAAUUCUGAAAUGUUUUGUUUUUCCAUUUUAUCGGUAUUCUAAUCUUUUGUCACUACGAAAUCCGUAUAUUUGUUGCAAUGCAAGGAUAUGCAAAUAAGACAACGCUUGUAUUGGAUUGCAAAAUAUGUCAGUCACAAGCUGAAUUUCCUCUGUU